UCUUGGUAUAAGCGGUAGGACAUAGAUAUUAGACGAAGUUUCUUUAAAAUAAUUUCCUACUGAAAAUUAUUGCGAGAUCAAUAACUGAAGGGCAAAAUUUAAUUAUAAUAAUACUCUUAGUCAAGGUUAUUCUUUGACAUUUAAUGUUAUUUUUAAAAUUAACAAAACUAAUACUUUGAGCUAUCACCCUGAUGAGUAAUGUUAAUGACCCUGAACGAGUAUAUCACAAAUUAAGCGAUACUAGUUUUUGACCGGCAUUUCUUGUAUGCAAGAGUGACAUAUACGCCACAGUAAAAAAUCUUAAGCAGAAGUAAAAGUACUGGCUCUAAGAAAUAGUUUUUAUCACUAAGAGAUAAGAUUUAUUACAUUGUAUUGACGGCAUAGCAGUGUUUCGUGAUCAUGUUGUGCUAAUUACAUAGUCCACGUAGAGUGGAAAAACGCUGAAUAUUUAAUUCAGUAAAAGAAAAAUAUCUUGUGUGUUGGACGUGUGUUGUGUAAUGCAAAAAUGCAUGAUUGUAAGUUAAUUGUACUGUGAAUUCAAUCUCAUGUUUCGCCGUACGAAAAAUGAUGGAUUGCAAGAUUAUAUUCAAGUCCCGCUUUGGGAUACCCCGGAAACGGAAACAAAGUAUAGUAAAACUCAUUCAAACCCGGAGGAGAUUGGAGCACAAGGAUUGAGUGACGUUGGCGUUGGCGCAGGAGACAUGUGGAUCAGCGCGGUUGAGAGUUCUAUACUUAGCUGGGAGGAGGUGGCUGAUCGUCUGCAAGUGGAUGUCAGGCGUGGUCUAUCAUGGCGAGACGCGAAUGAUCGUAUAAACUUCGUGGGUCCCAACGAGUUCCAGGUGAAAGAGGAAGAUCCAUUAUGGAAGAAGUACAUCGAGCAGUUCCAGAACCCUUUGAUACUUCUGUUGUUAGGCUCCGCUGUCGUAAGCAUUUGUAUGAAGCAAUUCGAUGAUGCGGUGUCCAUAACAGUGGCAAUCAUGAUCGUGGUAACGGUGGCCUUCGUCCAGGAGUAUCGAUCUGAGAAAUCCCUCGAAGAACUGAAUAAGCUGGUCCCGCCCAGUUGCAAUUGUCUCCGCGAAGGUAGCCUUGAACAUUUUCUGGCAAGAAACCUAGUACCAGGCGACAUAGUGCAUCUUAAUGUCGGCGAUCGGGUACCAGCAGAUCUGCGACUGUACGAAUCCUCUGAUUUGGCAAUUGAUGAAUCAUCAUUCACUGGUGAAACAGAGCCAGCGGUGAAAAGUGUUCUGCCGAAUAAAGCAUCAGCUGGAAGAGUGAACAAAGACAACAUUGCGUUUAUGGGGACACUGGUUAGGUGUGGAAAUGCUAAGGGUAUAGUAGUAAGCACUGGCGAGCGAUCCGAAUUUGGUGACAUAUUCCGUAUGAUGCAAGCCGAGGAAGCUCCAAAAACACCACUUCAGCGAUCCAUGGAUACCCUUGGAGCACAAUUAUCUCUGUACAGCUUCUGUAUCAUUGGGUUCAUAAUGGUGGCUGGGUGGCUUCAGGGCAAGGCUUUGCAGGAGAUGUUCACUAUUGGAGUCAGUUUGGCCGUGGCUGCCAUACCAGAAGGUCUGCCCAUAGUGGUUACAGUGACACUAGCACUAGGAGUGAUGCGUAUGGCCAAACGGAACGCGAUUGUCAAAAAACUACCCACAGUUGAGACUCUUGGAUGUGUCAAUGUCAUUUGCAGUGACAAGACAGGUACUCUUACAAAGAAUGAAAUGACAGUGACAACACUUUCAACGUCCGGGGGACAUAUAGCCGAAGUGUCAGGUUCCGGGUACAACUCCAAAGGGGAUAUUCAGCUAAGAGCUUAUAAAGGACGAGACCUGGAUAUUGCCAGAAUGGGAGUCAAUAGUAUGCUGGAGGUUGGUAUUUUAUGCAACAACGCACACAUAAAGGAUGAAAUAUUGUUCGGACAACCCACAGAGGGCGCUAUACUUGCGUGUGCGCUUAAAAACAAUAUGGAGGAUAUACGUGAAAGUUAUACACGCUUGAACGAGAUACCGUAUAGCUCUGAAACAAAGAUGAUGGUGGUUAAAUGUGCUCCCAAAUUUAAUGAUGGGCAACACAAAGAUGAGGUAUUCGUUAAGGGGGCUAUUGAGAAGGUGUUGCCACUUUGCACACAUUACAUAGACAGCGCUGGCAACUAUGCAGCUAUGAGUAAAGAGAAACAGACCGACUUUAUGAAUGAGGCUUAUAAUAUCGCUAGGAUGGGUCUACGUAUAAUUGCGUUAUGCCGCGGUAGCAGUCUUGAAUCGUUAACGUAUACGGGCGUGUGUGGAGUUUGCGAUCCGCCCCGCGAGUCCGCUCGUACGGCAAUUGCUGCCUUACGAAGAUCUCAAGUGCAGGUCAAGAUGGUCACCGGUGACGCCAGGCCUACUGCACUUGCUGUUGGACAAAUGGUGGGCUUGGAUGUUCUCCAUUCACAGUCACUGUCCGGAGAACAGCUAGAUUCAAUGUCUGAUGAUGAAUUGGACGCCAUCAUUGAUACUGUGAGUGUGUUUUACCGAGUGACACCAAAGCACAAGUUGUGUAUCGUGAAAUCACUUCAACGGCUUGGGAAUAUAGUUGGAAUGACGGGCGAUGGGGUUAAUGACGGUGUGGCGUUGAAACGUGCGGACAUUGGGAUAGCGAUGGGCAAAAACGGAACGGACGUGUGCAAGGAAGCCGCUGAUAUGAUACUUGUUGAUGACGAUUUUGCUACUAUUAUAUCCGCAAUCGAAGAAGGGAAGUGCAUAUUCUACAAUAUACGAAACUUCGUGCGUUUCCAACUGUCAACGUCAAUAGCUGCGUUGUCGCUUAUCGCUCUCGCUACUCUCAUGGGCAUACCUAAUCCGCUCAACGCUAUGCAAAUAUUGUGGAUUAAUAUUAUUAUGGACGGUCCCCCAGCUCAGUCGCUAGGAGUAGAACCCGUAGACCACGAGGUAUUAAAACGCAAACCACGCGACACAUCACGACGGAUCAUCUCCCGCGCAGUACUUGGCUCAGUACUGUUGUCCGCUGCCAUCAUCAUAGCUGGUACUUUGUGGGUGUUUAAUAGGGAGAUGUCCGACAACAAGAUAACCCCCCGCGAUACGACAAUGACAUUCACGUGUUUCGUCUUGUUCGACAUGUUCAAUGCCCUGUCGUGUCGUUCGCAGACGAAGUCGAUAUUCGAAGUGGGACUAUUCUCAAACAAAAUGUUCCUGAUAGCGGUGACGCUAAGUUUGAUAGGACAAAUGCUUGUCAUCUACUUCCCGCCGUUACAAAGGGUGUUCCAGACUGAAGCGCUUACUGGACAUGAUCUGAUAUUUCUAGUGUGCUUGACGUCAAGCGUGUUCAUAGUGAGCGAAGCUAAAAAACUAAUAGAGCGUGCGAUCAAGAGGCGAUCCUUCCCAAAGUUUUCGACGAAGGCCCGCGAUGCCAUGGAUUUUGUAUGACAGGAGCCCGAGAAAAUGGAUUAGGCGAAUCUGACAUGUGUCACGCUGACACCUGUCAGUAUGAGGCGCGUGACGGUGGCUGUCAGUCUGACGCGGCCCGACAUGACCUAUGUCAAGCCGAAACGCGUCAGCCUGGCAGCAGUCGCGCCUUCGUUGUGUUAGAUCUGCAGGACAGUAACGAAGACGCUAAGCGUCAUAGAAAGUUUAAACUGUGCAAACACUUAUUUAAAACUAAUAAUUAUGAACCAGUGAAUGACUCGUGUAUAAGUGAUACCCGUUUUAGUAAGAAGGGACAAAUUGUGUCGAGGUCGUGUCAAACAGACACAUUGGAUAACGUUGUAUGGAUGCUGGAUGAGUGUGAUAUCGACAGACCAAUUUUUGUUAGACGAAAAUCGACUAAGCGUGACAAACACAGGAACCAAGCUUCUAAAGAAUUUAAGCCGGAGAAAUCAGACGUGACCAGUAAUAGUGAAAGCAAAGACCCUCUCUCUCAUUCUGUUGUCACUAAUAUGUCAUUGACACCGCAGUCAAGACCAAAUUCUUUUAUUGAUGAAGCUAUGACGUCAAAUGAGAGCUGUCAGACGUCCUUCAUCGAUACACGUGUGACAAAUGACAUAUGUCAAAAUGUGAUGCUUGAAAUCCCGCUGAGACCCCUAGAGGGUCCUUCUGGCAGAUGUCAGAUCACUAAUACACAGUUGACAGGUGAUAGGCCUAAAGAACGGGAGGGCGAUAAAUCGGAUCAAGGACCAUUUGCUAUUUACGAUGGCAAAAUUAAUAUUCCAAUGCGUUUUUAAUAUUAAGAUGUAUUUUUUUUACAUUUUCAAUUAAUAUGCUUUAUCGGCUUUUGUUGUAAGAAUGGAUCAAAUCAUAUUAGAUUAGUGUAAUAUUAAAAGUAAGAAUUCAAAUUUAGAGCUCAUUUAAAAACAUGUCUUAACUCAAAGUCUAUUUAGUACCGUCAAAUAAACUGUUUGACAGAUGCUAAAAUUAGAUUUGAGUCAAACACGAUUUACAAAAGAGGCCUAGCCGGCAAAUUUGUUUAAUCUAGUUAAUAAUAUUAACGAUUUAUAUUUCUGUCUCUUUCCAUCACAGAGUAAACACAAUGUAACAGAAAGAGACAACAGUUUAGACAGAUUUAGUUAAUAAGGUAGUAAAUAUUGUGACUUAGGUUAAAUAAUAACUUUUUAAUUCCUACGCUUAUUUUGAUAUUAUAUUUUUUUAGUUAAUUUGUGCUUAAAAUGGAAAAAAAUCCCUAUCAAACGCCUCUUUAGUAUUUUAUCACACAUUUAAUGUGUGGUUGGAGGUGUUAGGUUUGUUUGUAUUUCUUUUAUUUCGGUUAUGAGAGCGUUCAAUUAUUACGUCACGCAAUUUUUUGGCGAUUCCUGACCCCCCCCCCCCCCGAUUUUUUGAACUUGCUCUCCCAUCUGUCAAACUCAUCUGACAGGGGAAGUUUUUUGCGAUAUCUUGUCUAUGGGUGAAUUUAGAAUUGCCUCUAAUUGUUUAGUGCAUAUAAUAAUGUAAAGUACAGUUUGAAGUAGUUUAAUUGCCAGUGUAUAAAGCUUUCAUUAUUGUAAAUAUCAUUAUUUUAAACUGAUAUUAUUUAUAUAUGUAUUCUAUUUAUUAUUUCCAUAAAAAUUAAAAAUAUUUUUUGUUCUUUUCUUUUCCACCAGUUUAAGUUGCAAUAUUUUUUGAAGUGAUUCGUCUUUCUGUCUCACUCUAACCCGUAGCGUAUUUGCGACACUUUCUUCCCUCAACUCAUUUAGUGUGCGUUUACUAUACCGUUUCGAAGGUAUUAUAAAAAGAAAGUUAUAAAAAAUAUGGCGAAUCAAACAGAUCAUCCUCGAAACAUUAUAGAAUAAAAUAGUUCAAUUUAUAUUAGUUUAAGUUAUCACUUCUGCGGGCGUCCCGAGACGCACACAUUUUUUAUAUAUUGAGAGACGAUUUUGUCGCUUGACCUAUAAGGGCCUUGUAUAAAGUGAAUAUAAGCAUGUGAUACCAUAUCGUAUUAUAAUCAUAUUUAACUAAUGAAAAGACUUCAAUGACUUGCCCAUUGCCGUAAAAUUUUGCUGCACUGAAAAUUGUUCAUAGUUAUUUCCCACUAUUUAAGAGUUUAUGUUGUAGAUUAACUAAACACUAUUAAUGAAUAUACCCAUUUUAUGUUUUGUUACAAAAAGAAUAUAAAAAUGUUGUAUGCAAACCACUAAGCGCACUCACUCAAGUAACCUAGAAUAACUGCAUGCACGGACCCAUACGUGUCACUCGUGCAAAAACAUUUUUGUAGUUACGUGCGAGUAACCAUAAAAUAAUGUCGAUAAAGUCAGUAAAAAUAUAUAACAUAUAUAUGCUACAAGAUCGUCGGACAGCAGUUUACGAAGUAUUACCAACGUCCGUCGUUCCACAACCUUUUUUCAACGCAGUUUUUCCCGCGCGCCACCACAAUUUUGAACCAGCUUACUGAAGUAUUUUCGAACCAAUUCGACUUAAGGACCUUCAAGAUAAGAGCAUUCCCAUUCUUAAAAUGCUUAAAUGAUUUUGUCCAGUAUUGCUAUCGAUUCAACGUACUUAAUUUGAAAACGAAUGCGUAAAUUUUCCCUAUAUUAGAUACAGUACAAGCGCAACGUUCUUUUCUCAGUUUCCUAGUCAUAUUUUAUAGAUGAAAUUAAUUUCACGGCAAUGUUAAGGACAAUUCUGCAUAUAAAGGUUGAUGUGUUUUAUGUAUGUAUAAAUUUAUAUACACGCAGCUGUAUGCAGUGCAAUUUAUCGUAAUGUGUAACACUCGACGAACGAUUUAAUAUAAUAGAUUCUAAUUAUUAAUUAUGUAUACAGAAGUAUAUAUCGUUUAUUGAGGCUUUUUAAACAUAUCGUUUAAUAUUGAUAUAUAUAUAUAUAUAUAUCAGAGAAACGUACGUUUUGAUUCAUAAAUGCACUGUAAAUUCGGAAACAAGUCUGCUCGAAAUCCAUCAUUACAGAUCAGGCCAUAAAAUAAAAUAAAAAAAACAAGUCAGAUUCGCGUUUAGGAUAUUAGAGACAAAACAAUCGAUAAUCAGCGAGGUAUAUUGAAAAAUAUAAUGAUUUUGAAUUCUAUGAAUAUAUUUUUAUUUAGCAUAUAUAUGGCCUAAUGUCAUACAUUUAUAUUUUAGUAUAAUACAGAAGUUUGGUCAUCAUUUCUUUAUAAAUAGUUAUUAAUUCUAAUACUACUGCGAUCAUGACCAUGAUGACCGCCAUUUUGAUUUUGACUGUGACAGGUGUAAUUUCCCAUCUCACGCAGUGGUAAAAGUAGUUUUUGUAUUUGUUACUAUCAUGUGAAAAUCUAGCUUUAAAUGAAAAAUAUUAUCGGGCAAGGAACGAGAAUACUUUCUGCUUUAGAACAUUAUUGUGGGUUUGGAAACGGGGUUUGUUUUAAAGGAUGUUAAGCGGUGUAACCGUGAUUUUUUAUUUACGAAGGCAUUUUUAUUAUUUACGAGUAACUGUUAAUUUUCUAUUAGUACAUAUAUGGUAUAGAAUUUUUAAUUUUAACACAAAUUAAAUAGCGUUCAAUUUUUCAGUUCAGAUUAUUGGUCAAAGUGGCGCAGUCAAUAUUUCCAUAAGCUUUCUAGGUUCGGUUUAGCCGUUUUAAUAUGUAAAAUACUUAUACGAGUAGAACUAUUUAUAAAACUCAGUAGAUGUAGUGUUUAUCUCUAUAGAAAUAAGAUAUAAAAUAUCUUUGUCUAUUGGAAAUUUGAUGUUCAUUAAUAUAUACGUAGUGUUUUAUAAAUUGGCUAAAGUGCGAUCGUUUUACUCAAUAAUAUUAAACCGAUAAUUAAAAUUAUGAUUAAUUAUUGUAAAUGCGUUCGCCUAUAUACCAACUAUAUCGAGAAUACACAGAAGGCAAACCAGUGAUUCACCAAAUCGGUGAUCUGGUGACUCGAGUGAAAGUAAAAACCAAAAUCUGUACGCUGUAACAAGAGAGGCGCUAGACUGAAACUGGUAGAAAUACAGAUGUUUACUUGCUGACGACGAUGAUCAGACAUGAGUUACUGGCCGCUGAGAGAGUUAUACCUGUAGGUAGAGGCUAAACAUUUGUUAUUUUUUUAUUGAAUCAGAAUUCAUAUCUUGCGGAGCGAGUACUACAAUACAAAAUACUAGACAAUUAAAAGGUGUGACGGAAAGGCCUUUUACUAAGGUUUAUUUAAUUUAAGGUUUGGCAGUUUAUAUCAGUAUGGAGAUAUUUGAUUGUUUGACCUUCAGAAGGGUACACAAAUUUCACCAGGUACAUAGAUACAUAAAUGAAGAACGCUUUAGUUUUUUCAUAGGAUCGUGGCAUUUAGUUGACGUAACUUUCUUUAGGAUAUUGAUUUAAAUAUGAAUAUAUAUUUUUUGUCUCUUCCCUAUGCUAGGAUCACUAGCAAGUUGGCGCUAAGUUUGAAUCCCGCGUUAAAAAAGUAUUGGAAUUUGUCAUACGGGAGUGAUAGGUCAUCCUAAAUCGAGACUUUGAUAGAGUAAAUUAUAUUACUCCAAGUUGGCGUCGUAAGAAAUGUUAUAUAUGAAAAUCGAACAAGCUGUUAGCUUAAUCCUCAAUAAUAUAUUAUGACUUAUACGUCUGUACUUUAAUAUAUGUUUAUUAAUUAAAAUUAUCGCACUGUUAGUCAAUCUUUUGUCUACAACUCUUACUAAUUUUCAUAUCUGAUACGUAAGUGUUAUUGUUAACAUGUAUUUAGAGAUAUAUAAAAUCCACUUUUCAUCUUCACACGAAUUGUAAAAAGUAUGCUUACGUGAACUUUAAUGUGACAGACAGCAUAAAGAUCACCUACUUAUCUAUGAAAUAAAAUUUGGCCCAUAUUGGAUUGUAGCGCCACCGAAUUUUGUUUUAUUCGUCUUCCGUAAAGGGUUAUAUGUUGCAAUUAUAUCAUUGUGACUUAUUUUUACUAUCACGCAAAAGUCAUAGUACCGGAUAGCAAAAAUGAUAUAACAUGCUGAAGCAUUUCGUUGUUAAAAUCACUUUUGCGCGGGCUUUGCACAAUACUUUGUAUUAAGCGUGAUAGUCUUUUUACAUUAAAUGUACAUUUGAAAUUGCAUUUUUUAUGAUUCUAUAUAAAUUUCGUGGUACGUUAAGCCUGAGUCGAGAGAACGGAAUAUUCUACCAAAUUAAUACCUAACCAUCUGCUAAUUUAAUUCUAAAUUUUGUAGCGAACAAAACGUAUUUUGCCUCAUACAUAGACUUGGAAUUAUUAAUAAAUAAUGCAACCUGUUUGACUUAUUGUUUGCGUAAGUGUACUUAACGAGAUUUAAUUAGUAGCCAAUUAAAGAUAGAAUCCUACUGAAAUUCUUUGUCAGUAUUAUAAGAAAAAAUAGAGAACACGGUACACAUAACAAUAGUUCCUGAAUUGUUUGAAUAUUUCGCCUUUAAAAGAUUUUGUUAAAUUCACUGCUCAUUUUAAUUUUAAAAUCAUUUAGUAAUAGACAUUUGGUAUAUGUUGGAUCAAUGGCGUUACUGUCAGCUGUCAUUGUUAUUAUAUGCCAAAGGUCUUAUUAAUUAUCAACGUGAAAGGAUUAUUACUAUCGCAUCGAUUGAAUAGUCUAUACUAAAAAAAUAUAUUACGGUUUUGAAAUGAUUUAAUUUAAUUAAUUUAUAAGCUCGGUGAUAUGACAAUGAGCUGACAUUAAUGCUAUUGCUCCGACAUAUGUUAUAGUUAAGAAGGAUGUAAAGAAUGGUGCUAAUUCUGGUGUACCGGAAAGUGACUAAGUAAGCGGAGACAAUAGUACUGAAUUUAAAAUGAGCAUCAGAAUUACAAUACAAUAUAUUAUUAUAUAGAAUAUUAAUUGUUAUAUCUAUAAAAAAAUUAAAGAAAACGUACGUUUAUUUUUAAUAGGAAAUUCACAAACUUAAUUUCCAAAUAACAAAUGAUCAACACAAUACACACAUUAAAUUUAAGAACUAUUAUACCAAAUAAAAAAAAACUUAUGAAACAUAGAUACAUUCCUACAGUUUGAUGGAUAACCAAUUAAAGAAAAGUACCUCCUUAAGUUUGCAAUACUUUUAUAAUUAUCCAUUUAUAAUGGGAUGUGAAGUGCAUAUAUACAAUAAAAAAAUAUAUUCAUAAAUCCCCAAAAGAGGCGAAAGUCUUUAGUUAAAAUAAUGCAAAAUUAUAUACAGUAUUCUCUUCGCCCUUUUAAGAUAUUACUGAGAGUACAUCCUAAUUAGCACCAUUGUCAAAACGAUAAUAACAUGAAAACUAAUUACACUGAAUGUUUUUGUGUAAAAUAAAUAUUCGUGGUCUACUAUGGCGUUAGUCAUAAAAUAUACUUAUUUGGAAUGUAUGAAUUGUAAACGAUACUUUAAUUAUUUGUUUUAAAGUGUAUUUUGCGAUGCACACUACACGUUUCCUUGUGAUUCACCUUACAUCACGUUUUAGCUUAAAAAUAUGUUAAGCUUUAAUGAAACAAGUUUUGUUCCAUCAAUAAUUAAUUCGUCUUGUAUUCCGACUCUGAGUAAUGUAAUCACUGUUUUAGUAAAUAAAGACAUCUCUGAUUUUU